CCCACACGCUGAACUUUCAUGAGCCACACAAGCCUUUUGCUCUUUUCUACUUUCUUCUUUCUUCUUUGAAUUAGGGUUACAGUUCCCUAUGAUCGAAGCACUGACAAGGCUCUGAACUGCACAUAUAUGUUUGAUCUGCUUCAUCUUCAGAGCCCAAGAGUACGUACGUGAAAGACGUACAAGUUGCUAUUAUUGAAAAUACCCAAAUGGCAUCAUCAUCAAGCUCAUACAGCUCACCAUGCGCGGCGUGCAAGUUCCUAAGAAGAAAAUGCCUGCCCGGGUGCAUCUUUGCGCCGUACUUUCCACCCGAGGAGCCGCAAAAGUUCGCCAAUGUCCACAAAAUAUUCGGGGCGAGCAACGUGACGAAGCUGUUGAACGAACUCCUCCCGCACCAAAGAGAGGACGCCAUGUGUUCACUUGCCUACGAGGCGGAGGCGCGGGUGAGAGACCCUGUCUACGGGUGUGUUGGAGCCAUCUCAUACCUACAGAAGCAAGUCGAGCGCCUCGAAAAGGAGCUCGACAUGGCAAACACGGAUCUAAUCCGUUACGCUUGUAGCGAGGUGGCGCCACCACUAAUCUCCGCCCUCGGGGUGACUCAAGGGAUACUCCAAGCCACCGCCCCAACACAUGACCGCCUCCAUAGUCCUAGUCCCGGUGGCUUGGAGUACCACCCGUAUUCCUUCUCUUGGGAGGUCGACAAUAACAACUCUCCGGGAAGUGGGAAAGCUACAUAAAUGAUGAAAUCAUUUAUACAUGAACCAAAAGCCUACAUUAUUCCCUAGGCUUCAUAAUUUGUGAUUCUUCGGAUGGGAAUGUUCAACUUGUAAUACUCCGUAUUUAAAACUAUUCAAAAUGGUACGCAUUUCGAAAUAAACAUUCACGUACUAAAGUUCAGCUACUUUUUAUAGCUAGACCAUUCAUAAAUUUGAUCAUAUUUCAU